AUGGCAGUUUCCGACAUCACAACAACUGUGGCUCCACUCGCUCCGGUAAACAAGAAAGUGCCCGUACCACACAUAUUAGCCUGCCCAUCGAUGACAGCGACGAAAGAAAACCAAUUCCCUCCAUCACUUUUAGGUUUUCAAGCUCAGAAUUUCUCCGUGAAUCCAACCAUGAUGAGGUCCCAGGAACAGACCAUGAUGAACACGUUCAACAACUGUCAAGUGUCUUUCAUCAUUGGCCGCUCGAAGCGAGCUCCUGAGAUUUCAAAACGACAGCCCAGUUCUUGUAAACGCCGAGCUUUCAUUAUUGAGGAUGAUUCUGAUUGA